AUGAUGCAGUACGUCGUAAUAGAUUACCUGUGGUAUCGUAAGCUAAAACAUGGAUGGUUUAAAACUUCUGCAAAGUCGCCCGGUUAUGAUCUCAUUGAUAAGUGGGGACGACCGCUUCCGGAUCCAAAACGAUGGCCUUCCACGACCGGUGGAAAAGGAUUUGCACCUAUUGCCGCUAAAGUUCAUGCACUGGGUCUUAAGCUCGGUAUUCACGUCAUGAGAGGAAUCAGCACGACAGCAGUAAAGAAGAAAACUCCGAUCUUGGGCGCAUUCAAGAGCAAUGGACAUGCAUGGAACGCUAAAGAUAUUGCUUUGAUGGAUCAAGCCUGCCCGUGGAUGCAACAAUGCUUUGUUGGGGUCAAUACCAGCAGUGAAGGUGGAAAGCUUUUCAUUCAAUCUCUUUACGAUCAAUAUGCUUCUUGGGGGAUAGACUUCAUCAAACAUGACUGCGUUUUCGGGGCAGAGAAUCCCCAGCUCGACGAGAUACUCACAGUUUCAAAAGCUAUUCGUAACUCAGGACGUCCGAUGAUAUAUUCUUUGUCCCCGGGAGAUGGAGCAACACCCGGGUUGGCUGCAAGGGUGGCGCAACUUGUAAACAUGUAUCGAGUUACUGGGGACGACUGGGACGACUGGAAGUAUCUCGUGAAGCAUUUUGAUGUAGCAAGGUACCAAGAAUUGCAUUCUUUGUAUUCUGUUAACUUGCACUGUUUCAGAGACUUCGCAAAUGCGGGACUCAUUGCCAUUCCUAGCGUGGUUGGAGGCAAGUCUUGGGUAGACUUAGAUAUGCUACCAUUUGGACGUCUUACGGAUCCUGUGGCAAAGUCUCCUCUCAUGUUUGGAGGUGAUUUACGACGUUUGGACAAUGAAACAUUGAGCUUGCUUACAAAUCCGACGGUUUUGGAAGUAAACUCUCACAGUACGGGCAACAGAAACGCUCAAGGGAAUGACGCAGAACGAGUGUGGGUCGCUCAUGGGCGAGGCAAUGGACAAAUCUAUAUCGCCUUUUUCAACUUAUCGCGGAAGAAGCGAACGGUCACGUUGCCUCUGGUACACCUCAUACAACGAAGGACCCCGAAAAACGAGACGGACGAGUACGUAGCUUGCGCUGGAAAUGAAGCUUGGAGCCAGAAACCAGUGGCAGUGAUCAACGUUUUAGCCGAAGAAGUUGCUGGACAUGGCACUGUACUGUUUUCCCUUUUAUGCAACGUUGGAAGCCGUGAAGAGGUAUGGUUCGCUAGUGUUUAUAACAUUUUCAGCCAUCUCUCUCCGUUACUUUUGCAGGGAAGUAGCAUCUAA